GAUAAACCAUAUGUAAACAAUACAUUCAGAUUGCACAGAUGCAGAAGUCGUUUUAAGAUUCUUUUCAUCUUACUAUGUACUGUCUGUGGCUGAGGUUUGAUGAUGAGCAAGAUUCAUGUUGUGAUUCAAGUGAUCUAGAAAAAGAAGAAAAGGCCAUUAAUUGGUCUGAAACUGAUGCAGUUCAAAAUACAGCUAUAUAUGUGGAAACAGGCAGCACCUUACCUUUUCAUUUGGCUGCAAAUACACAAGAAAAUAGUGACCAAAAUGUUACGAAUGGUUUGCUAAGGAAAAUUAUAAGUGGAACUAAUGCUGCAGCAUGCAGUACUCAAGGCUUAAUACCGUCUCACAUCAGUCAAAUUUAUGAUGAAUUAUUUGUCAUACAUCAGAAGCUCCAGAGAGAAAGUUUAGCGCAACAGGAAUAUGCUCUCCAACUCCGGAAAAGAGAGCAUUUCCUAACAGAACGAGAAACGGUGCUUUUUAGCCAUGAAGCAGCUUUGGCUAAAAUACGUGGUGUUGAGGAAGAAGUUCACACAAAACUUGGAAUUAUAAAAGAGCAACAUGAGGCAGAAGUUAAACAGCUGACAGAAGUCUUGAGAGAAAUAACUAAAGAAAAUAGGAGGCUGAAGUCAUCAUUUGACACCUUGAAGGAAGUGAAUGACUCUUUAAGAAAACAGUUAAGUGAUGUAACUGAGCUGAACAAGAAGUUGGAAGGUCAAGCAAGAAAAGUACAAGCUCGUUUAGAGAAUCUACAAAGGAAGCAUGAAUUGUUAACAGUAAAGAAGUCUAAUAAUAUCUGUCAAGUGGUGCAAAAAAGUAAACCUGUCAAGCAGGAAAAAGUGACGGUAACAUCGAAAAAUGCUAAGCUACCAACGAAUUCACAAGUUUAUGAGCUCCUAACUUUUCUUAUGGAUUGGAUCUCAGACCAGCAUCUUAGCAAAAUAAAAAUACAUGAAGAAAGAGAGGACAGUCAUAAACCUCAGACUAUCGAGACCUCAAAAAAGAUCUGCACCCAGGAAAGAUGUAUGAAGCUUCUGCCUAUAGCUACUGAGCAACUCCAGUGGAUGCCAUUUGUGAAUUCCAAACUACACAUGCCUGUAAUUAAAUUUAUUUACUGGUCUAUAAGACAGUUAGACAGUGGUGUUCAGCAUGCAGCAAUGACAUCAACAAUGAGGAGACUUGGUGAAGAUAUUUUCAAAGGCAUAGUAAUUAAGGGAAACCCAGACAGUUCUUCUGAACAGUCUACAGAGAGUAAAUCAAAAUUGGCAGCUUUUUUUAAGAGUUCCUGUAUGCCUUUGAGAUUUCUCUCAACUUUAAUUGUGCUUAAAACAGUGACACAAGUGGAUUACCUGGCUCAGGCGUUUGAUUCCCUUCGAACAGACUUGAAGACAGAUGAAGGGAAGGCCUUAUUUUUGGAAUACCAGUGUGUGCCUAUUAUAUUAAGUCACUUAAAAGUAUCCAGUAGAGGUCUGCUUUCCGUUGCUUUUGAUGGAUUACUUCAGAUGACCACAGAAUCUGAUUCUUCACAGCCUUUCCUGGAAGCCUGCAGUAAUGAAUCCUUCUUCCGAACUUGCUCUCUUUUGCUUCGAAGUUCUAAGCUAGAUACUCAGAUUUUGGAAAAGCUCUGUGUGAUACUGCAAAAACUCUCCAGAAUAAAAAGUAAUAAGAAGAUGUUUGAAAUGUUUGCUCUUCACCAAAUGAUCCAAGAACUGCACAGGACUACAAAUCCAGAUCAUGUUUUUCUCUGUAUAAACCUCAACUCAAUUCUGUUAAAUUUGGGAUUGUCAAGGAGUAACUCUCUUAUCUCCGGUUUAAGCACAAGUCACUAGCACUAUCAUUCAAUCUAAUUUUUGUUCUGUAUAACUUUUACCAACAGCCUAUGUUACUUGAAAUUUGGAGGGGUUUUCUUACGGUUUUGUGUAAAUUAAUGAAGCAGAACCUCAGUACUGCAUAAGUUACUCUGUAUUGUGUGGAAUCUCAUUAAUAUUUCCCUCACUCAUGAAAAGGAAAAUGAAAAUUUGCAUAAUAUGUUAAAUGGCUUUCUUCAUUGAAAGAAAUGAAAAUAAUGCUUCUGAUCUGAAUGAUUCAUUUAUCCUAAGGGACUGGAUCACUUGAGUCAGCAGAUCAGAAAUACCACCCUUUCCUUACAGGUAUGAAUCUUGGUUUCCUUUGACUCUUCAGAGAGUUUUAUAAAUUCAUUUAUUUAUUUUAUGGUUGAUAAGUAAUGGACAAGUAUCAAAUUAUCUUUUGAUAGAGUUGUAGUAUGAUUUAACAUAACUAGAUAUGUUGAAUGAGAAAUAUUUUUGGUUUAAUUUCAGAAUGCCAUAGUGGUUUUUUAUUUUUUAUAUGUAUAUGUAACAGUAUUUUAUCCUGCUUUGUAAGAAUUUCUAGUGUCACUUGGGUUGUAGCAUCUCUGCAAAUGUAAAUAAAAACAUUCCUUCAAAUGCCUGGCAAUAGUAGUCCCCAAUGUAAAAUACUUUAUUUUAUUAUUUCUGCUAUAUUUUGUAUUAAUUUGCAAUACAAUCCUCAUAGUACCCACAUUUCUUUUCUGCAUGUAAUGAAUAUACUUUCUGUCUGCCACAGUUCAGUGUUCAGAAGUUCUUGCACGUAGGGAAUAGGAUACUACUUAAAAAUUCAACUUAGUCCUCCGAUUUCUGGUUUGUGCUGUAAUUACUGAAACUCUUUAAUUACAAAAUUGAGGCUCUGGUUAAAAUUUAAAGAUCUGCUGUAUGUUAGUUUUUCACUAAGACUGGCAGUAUAAAACUUCAGAGUGCUUUACUUCUCAGUUCCAUACUUCUUACCCCCCACACACACCUUGGUUUUCCUUUGUAUUUUUUACCAGAACUCUUUGAACUGAGUCUUUGAAGUUGAAUUCUAAAUGCAGAUAUUUUUCUAGCAAUGUGACUUGCGUUUCUGACAAGCUUUCCUAUGAAAGGAUUCUACACUACAUUUGGCAUCAUGUAUGUCCAGAAGAGAGAACAAGCAGUGUGUACUCUUUGGGCAGGAAAUGAAUUCUAGGUAAUUUUUAAAUCACACUAAUAAUAGCUAAAAGCUUUUGCUGACAGUGGAUUAUGUUUUGGAAUAGGAUUUCUUCAUCAGGCAUUUCAGAAUUUUGUCAGAUUUACCCAAAGUGCAAAAGCUUGCUUAUACCUUUGGCUGGAGACAAAACCCUCUUAUUUAGCAAGUGUGUUCCCAGUUCUCAUGUGCUUCUCCAUCCGCUUGGUUAUUAAAAAUACUAGAAAAUAAAUCAAAAAAA